AUGGAAAUCAUUGUCGAACAGACCCAGGUGACACAUCCAGGAUGUUCAGGUCUGAGUCGAAAUUCAUCGACCGGCACGAUUGUUAGUGGUCGAACCUUCGUCAAUUCGGCAUAUCAGCAGAAUUUGAAAAUUCGACCAUCGAUCGAUCAUUUGUCGUCACGUUCAGUGCCACUAACGCACUUCCAUCGGCGGCAACUGCCCGAUAAUGCACCAGGACAUCCGACAAAGAGUACUCUACGCCGCCAGAGGCAUAAGCGGCUAGAGAUGAUUUACGCAUGUGGAAGAGAUAGUCGUAAACGACGACCCGCCCUGCAAUCGCCAGUUCGGUUAGCGACCCCUCGACAUACUGUCAAUGUCGAGGAGACAGUCGUUAUCGACUUGCGCCCGUGCUUCUCGCCACGUGGCGAAAUAUUGGAAGGUUUCCCUGGUGAGUGUCCGAAUGCGAGGACCCCAGACCCCGUCAGUGUCGAAUCAUUUUCGACCGAUUUCGCGGAAGAGGGGAUGCUUCCAGACCGAUCGCCAGACAACAGUGUCAGCAACCUUGACGAACUGGCUGCACAACUGGACCUCCACCUCGUUGAAGACUGA